AGCACAGAUCAAUGUGAAAGCGUCAGACAUAGAUAAUACACAUAAUCAUAGAUUAUACACUUAAUAUCACAAUAUAAAUGAGCCUCUAAUAAAUGUAGGUGCAUCAGAUGCUAGUGAAUUUUUACUAUAAUAUGAUUUGAACAAACUUACAUUAUGAAGCUAAAGAAAGCUAAGUCAGAUACCGAGGAAGUCAUUCCACCUCAAGCCGAAAUCAUUGAAGCCGAUCUCUACAAGAGAUCGUAUUUCGGUCCAGACAUACCAACAUUAGAGCUAGAAUGCUGGGAAGAAGAACUAUCAGAAGUCCAACUACAAGCAUACAAAAAUGCCGACGAUGAGUACAAAAGUAUCCAAAACAAACUGGACGAUAUAGUUAAGAGCACUGGCGGCCAGAUUGUUUACAACGGCGAUCAAUUCACCGCGUAUCAGUUGCUUGGAAAACAACCAGCAUUGAAAGACUUGGAGCGUCAAAGUGCGGACAUAAUAAGAUCUAGAUCACGUUCUAUGUCUAUCUCAAAGGACAGACCAACAACACGAAGAGGACGUCAGAAGAGGACUCGUGGUGAAGAAAAAUACCAUUCUCCUUCACCAGAAAAAACCAAAUCUCCUGAACCGAAACACAAGAAAAAAAAGAAAGAUAAAGAGAAGAACAAAGAAAAGGACAAGGAAAAAGAGAAAGAAAACACAAAGACUAAAGACAAGACACUUGCACCUUCUAAUUUCAAGAUGGCUAAAACAAAUGCGGAACAUUGUAAAAACUAUUACAAUCGAAAAAAAGCUGCCAAAGAAGCUGAAAAAGCUCGUCAAGGCUUGUCAGUAAACAAGCCAAUAAGAAAAACAGGAGCAGAACGUAAUCGUGCCUAUAGGCUGCGAAAAAAAAUGCUUUCACAAGUAGACGAAUCAUCCAGGGCUGAGAUUUUAACCACACCGUCAACUUCAAGUUCACGAAUAAGGACUUUUGCGCCAUCAUUUCGGUUAGCUACCAUCAGUGCUAGUACAAAUCAACCAGAUGUCUCAACGCUGUCCAGUGCUGGUAUCGCUGAUCAUGAUGGCGAUGUACACAGUGUUGUGACAAAUGUUCGUCCAUCUGAGUCGACAGCUAUUGGUGGCCUGCUAACUGGCAACACUACUAAAACAACAGCGAUCGUAGACCUCACUAAAGAAGAGAGCAACAAACAUGUUGCUGAUUCACGUGAAGUUUCGUUCAAUAAAUUACAAGGUAAAACAUUCCCCUCAUUGGUGGUAGUGGCCAGGCCAUACCUACGUUCGAAGGACCAGUCCCCUCCUUCAGAUCGCGCGGCGCUAGACAGCAAGGUCAAAGCGGUCCUCAUGCACACCCCUAUGAAGUUCACCGAGUGGCUCAUACAGCAGGGACUCGUUAAGUUCGAACAGUGGUGCGCUGUCCAUCCCGGGAACAAACUGAAACUUGGAAUGUACUCCGAUGUGAUGAAGUUUCCAUAUUCUGGUGGCUACGUCUGGAUAUCGGAGUGCUGUCCCACACGUUUCGUGUCAGUGUACUGCAGCUCGAUAUUCGAAGGCGCGACCUUCCCUCCGAGCGUGCUGCUCAAGCUCAUCUACCACUGGGCUUGUCAGACGAAUGUACAGAACGUCGUGCAGUGGGUCAAGGUCGAUAAUCUAUAUGUGAAAGGUCUCUUCACGUGGUUGAGAGCGGUUUGCACAUCAGCGAUACACCAGCACAUGAGCCUACUUGGUGGACCAGGGAAAAAAGUCGAAGUUGGAGUCAUUUCACUGGGCACUACCAGUCAUGAUGGAACCCAGCGACAGGUCAAGGUCGAAGUUCUAGGAGUAUUGGAUCCUGUUGAAAAACUGAUUCGUCUGCGAGCCGUGGAACCGCUAGCAGAACACGAAAAGAAUUACAAGAAGCGCUUUCAGAAGAUCCUAGAGCCGUUGACUGGCUGGGUGCAUCUGACGUCCACAAUCCUCACGGACCUGACGGUGGACAGGGGCACCCUGGUGUCUAUGGGCUUCAAGAGCGUCCACCAGUCGUCAGCCCACUCGGACACCAGCACCAAGAACAGCAAUGCCAACAUCAUGGAGUAUUUGCGGCGCAUCGUGCCUAGAAUGUUUCAGAACACUCUGUCGUUGCUCUCGAGACAGAUAAUACAGCAAUUCCUAGAUGAACUGGUUUGGAGAGAGAGGUACGGUGUCUCCCCGGGCCAGGCCUUCGACAACAUCGUGACCCACAUCUCCGAGCAGACCACCAUGGAGUGUAAGGACGUCAUCACAGUGCGCCUCAACAAGAUCGCGGCGAACCCAUUCAAGAACUGGAAGUAUCCCAGCAACAAGAAAAAAGAUAAAGACAAAGAUAAAGCCGAAGAAGCUCUUGCUGAUCAGGAAAUGGGUCGCGGCAAGCGCGGCCGCAAGAAGAAGGAGCCCUCGCCCGCUCCGCCGCCCAAGAGGAAGCGCAGGGAGAAGACCACCUACGUGGACGACGACGAGGAGGAAGAGAUACCUCUGGCGCAACGACGUGCUAAGAUAAAACAAGAACAGGACAAGACUAAAGAGAAGAAGGAGAAGGAGGAGACUCCCAGCAGGAGGAGCCGCAAGCAACCCAAGACGUAUGUGGAUGACGACCUGGAUGACAUACCGCUGAAGAACAUCAAGAAGGAGAUCCAACCCGAGGAGACCGUGUCGAUGGAGAAGUAUUACUUCGGGAAGCUCGGCAGCGACGAACCCGGACCCAGGGUGGCUAUUGCAGUACAGUGCCCGGUCUGUCACGAGGAGUUCCACAACAACAUAACCCUGAUGACCCACAUCUAUAGCCACGUGGUGGAGCCGCCGGCCGGGGCCUCGCCCUCGGCGCCGCAGUGCUGCUACUGCCUGGUGCGCUUCGCCACCGAACAAGAGCUGGACACGCACUUGAAGCACACGCACCCCUCCGAUACUAAGUCGCCGGAGCUCUUCACCUACGCCUGCUUGAUUUGUGAAACUCGUUUCGCGGCCGUGCUGACCCUGGCGUCGCACAUGCAGCGCUCGCACUGCCCGCUGGAGCUGCCGUACGCGUGCGCCCGCUGCCCGCACCGCACGUCCUCGCACCGCGCCGCCGCGCUGCACUACCGCGCCGCGCACGCGCACGACGCCACGCUGCUGUGCCCCUACUGCCUCACGACAAUAACGGUGUACGCGGACGGCUACGAACUGACGGCCAACUUGAAGUUGUUCAUGGAGCAUUUGAAGCAGCAUCAAAAUAAGCUUGACGUCAAAUGUUCCCGGUGUGUGCUCAGAUUUUUAAAUCUUGGUCACCUAAAAGACCACCAAGUACGUCAUCACACCACCGUCCCGGAUGCUGUCCCGCUCUGCACUGAAGAACAUCUCAUCACCAAACCUAAGACCAAGGCUCGUCCGCCGGUGAAGGACUGCGCCAACCACAACAUCGUGGAGACGUACGAGCAGAUGACGCUGGUGCUGCCCGAGGGCAUGCUCUGCCGCGAGUGCGACGCGCCGCUCGACAGCAACAAACACUUCCUAGGGAAGACAACGUGCUCGAAGUGUUCGUUCUCGACGUCGUGCUACCGCGCGCAGCUGCAGCACGCGGCCGUGUGCGCCGGCCCGCACUGCCUGGAGGACGCGCCGCGCGCCGGCCCGCCCGCGCACUGCGUGUGCUCCUACCGCACCGCCGUCAGUACAGAUAUGCUGACACACUUGCUGGCGUGCGAACACAAGACUGCCUACAGUUCUGAGGAGGAAGCUCGUGCUAACAUCGUACGAGCCGAUGAACCCAAGCCCCCUGAAGAACCGCAGCCGCAGCCCCAGCCUCAACCGACACAGGAAACUCCUGUUGUAGAAAAUGUCCCCACUAUAGCCGAUUAUGCUCCACCAUCAGUGCUGAACACUCAGUUGUCCCUCGACGACUUGGCUCCGCCCUCUGUACUACAAACUGACCAGCAUGAUCAGGAAUUGUUGAAGGAUGCAUAUGAUCGACCCCUGGCUACCCCACGACACGAAGACCCUCAUUACAGUCUUGGAGAUUUUGAACCUCUUCCACAGGAACCACCCCCACAACCAGACUUUGAGCAAUUAUAAAAUGUUUAUUUAAGGUGUAGAAAAUAAUUCUCAUAUUAUGAUAUACUUUGCAUAAUUUAAUUUAAGCAAAAAUAUAUAUUUACAGCUUUUCUAAUUUAGAUCUAAAUUCCAUGAAAACACAUUGUGACAAAAAAUUCAACCAUAUAUAAAACUUUAAAGGGUUUUUUUUUCAUUUUGCUUGCAAUUUUACUGUAUGGCUAUAAGCUUUGUUGGGUCUAAGACGUGGACUUACGUGUCACGAAACCUUUUUCUUAUCAUAAAAAAAAUUAAGUUAAUAAAGCGAUUGGAAUAUA